AUGGAGUCAACACGUACCAUGACGCCAACAACGCCUGCGUUGGGAUGGAACUGGAAUGCCACCGCCAUCACCACGCCUGAAAAAGCCCAUUACAACAGCCACCACCACGCCCUGGGGCCGCUCCCGUCACCCACCAUGUCGCCGACCAUGUCCUUUGCGACCCUCCGGUACUGGCAGAAGCUCAUGGCGUUCAAGAAGAAGCACCGCGAACUACCCGCCGCGGCCGUGAACGGUCCCGGCCCCGGUCCCGGUCCCGGUCCCGGACCUCGCCCGCGGUACUCCGUGGCCGCGGGAGCACAAGAAGCCCUCGGCAAACUGUCAGCCUCCGCCCGCAGCGAGCUUCCCGAGGCCAUCCUGGCGUUCCAAGGGGCCGUUCAAGUCACCUCAGCCACGGCGAAGGGAGACGAAGUGUAUUUCCCGACGCCCCUUAGGGAGCAGGAGGCCACGGCGGCCAUCAAGGGCCUCGAGGCCUGCGCAGCGGCAGCCAUCUCGAAGCUUCGGUACGGGACCGACAGCAGGACGAUCCAGAUCGACAGCGACAAGGUCUCAGCCUUUCUGAUGUCGGCGUAUCUGACCACGCUGGAUGGCAUGGACAAGCCUGACCCGCGCAUCAAGAACAGGAUCCCUGACACGGACCUAAACCAGGCCCAGUCGGUGCUCUACCGACGCAUGUCGGCCAACCUGUACCGCACCAAGAAUCCAGACGAGUACUAUCACAUCCACGGCUCUCUCGACGCAGAUGUGACCCUACAAAUGCUGGGGCUGCCCAAGGAAAACCCCGCCAUGACCGACUACCACGCCAUUAUCGACUACAUCGAGUCAGCGGUCCAAAAGUUCACGGCCACCGAGCUGGAUGCACUGAAUAUCUCGCACCGGCAAGCCGGCAUCCAGGCGCUCACCUGGCCCCAGUUCCAAGCCACCCCGCACGGCAAGGCCAUGCUGAAGCUCCCACCCUUAACCGUUCGUCCGAACCCUGCAGAUGCCCGCAUCACUCCGCCCACGCCCUUCCCUUCACCAACACCCCCCUCCUCCGCCUCCCCACAAUACGCCCUCGCCGGCAUCAAGGUCCUGGAGCUCUGCCGUGUUAUUGCCGGCCCCACCAUCGGCCGCUGCCUUGCUGCCCACGGCGCCCAGGUCAUCAAGGUGACCUCACCGGACCUGCCCGACGUGCCCUUCUUCCAGCUGGACGUCAACACGGGCAAACACGCCAUCCACCUCGACCUACGGCCCGACAACAACGGCAGAACCACCACGCACGACCGCGAGAUCUUUGCCUCUCUCUUAGCCGAUGCCGACGUGCUCAUCGACGGGUACCGCCCCGGCUCACUAGCCCGGCUCGGGUACGGACCUGAGGCCCUCGCCCAAAUUGCCCAGCAGCGCGGCAAGGGCUUUGUGUACGUGGCCGAGGACUGCUUCGGCGGAAGCGACUUGCCGGCCUCGGCCGGGGCUGAAUGGGCCUCCCGCGCCGGAUGGCAACAGAUCGCCGACUGCGUAACCGGCGUCGCCUGGGCGCAGGGCGAGUUCAUGGGUUUGGACGAGCCCGUCGUGCCGCCGUUCCCCAUGUCUGACUACGGCACGGGCGCCCUCGGCUGUGCGGCUGCGCUGACAGGCCUCUACCGUCGCGCAACAGAGGGCGGCAGCUGGGUGUGUCGGACCAGCCUUGUCCAGUACGACGCCUUCCUGCUUGGGCUCGGCCUGCUCCCCGAGACAGAACGGACCCGGCUCCGCCGCGAGCAUGGGCAUGAGGACAAGAACCCCGCGGGCUUCUUUGGACUACGCCACAGUGACUCGGUCGAUGAGGUUGGGCGCCGUGCGCUAGCGAGCAUGCGACGGACGGUGCCGCAUCUGUUUUCCAACCGUGACGGUGACGAGAGCGGUCUGAUGCAGGCGGCAUGGAGCCCGGCGUUUCAGGGGGUCGUGCGGUGGCCGCGAGAGGCGAUCACGAUUGAGGGCGUGCGCGUCGGACAUGUGAGGACGGCGCGGCCGAACGGGUGGGAUGAUAAGGCUCUUGGAUGGGAAGGGUGGGAGGAGGAGAUGCUUGGACAGGAACAAGAGCAAGAGGAGAGUGACAGUGAUGACAACAACUAUUCGUGGGUUGGGGGUGAGAAGUAA